UAGAGUCCUCUCGCUUGGAUAUCAGGUAGCAGACUGCACCGAAGUGCAUCUUUUGAGUUUGUCAGAAGUUACAGGAAACACCACGUGUCGGCUGAAGACGAUGAAGUUUAAAAUAAAAUAAAAAAGUCUGAGAAUAUGGUGCUGCACGUUUUGUCCUUGGCACGAAUUCCGAUUCCACAGGCAUUGAUUAACUCAUCAUCGUCGCCGCCGUUCAUGGAGGAGCAGCAACAGCAUCGAGUGGUGGUCUGUGGCGGCGGAGUCAUUGGAGUCUGCACCGCCUACUUCCUUGCUAAGAAGGGCGCAGCCGUUACCCUUCUAGAGAAAUCGUCUGUGGCCUGCGCCGCCUCCGGAAAGGCCGGCGGUUUCCUCGCCCUCGACUGGUGCGACGGCGGACCCCUCUCAGCCCUCGCCCGAACCAGCUUCAAUCUCCACCGCUCCCUCGCCCAGGAUCUCGACGGCGCCCAAUGCUACGGCUACCGCCCCCUUACGACUCUCAGCCUUUCCAUCACCGAAUCUCAGCAGCACAACCAAAAACGUAACCAAUCCGCAUCCCUACCUGCUUGGGUUGACGGGCCGGCCGGGAGCCCUAGGACCAUCGGCACUGCCGAGACCACGGCACAAGUCCACCCGCAAUUGUUCACGAAAACGCUGCUGUCGAAGGCGGUGGCGGAUCACGGUGUCGAGGUGGUGAUCGGGAAACUAGAGAGCGUGGCGGUGGAGGGCGGCCGGGCAAGGUCGGUGGUGCUGGAGGGCGGGCGGGAAAUUGCGGCCAAUGCGGUGGUUCUGGCUCUUGGGCCGUGGUCUGGAAAGCUGCCGUUGUUGUCUUCCAUUUUUACAGUGUAUGGGCUGAAGGCGCAUAGUAUAGUGCUGGAGCCGAAAGAAGCUGAUGCAAUCUCGCCUCACGCCUUGUUUCUCAGCUAUUAUUCGGCUCAGGGAGGCAAGCCCAUGGAUCCUGAGGUCUAUCCUCGUCCCACUGGGGAGGUGUACAUAUGUGGAAUGUCGGCUCGAGUUGAGGUGCCGGAUGAUCCAGAAGAGGUGGCGGGCAACCCUGAAUCAAUUGCGAUGCUUAAGAGGGUGGCAAGCAAUGUGUCAAGCCAUUUAGGGGAAGGCGAAGCCACAGUGAAAGCAGAGCAAGCUUGCUUCCUGCCAUGUACGGAUGAUGGUGUGCCAGUAAUUGGGGAGAUUCCGGGGGUAAAGGGAUGCUAUGUGGCAACAGGCCAUGAUUGUUGGGGCAUUCUGAAUGCCCCGGCUACGGGAGCUGCCGUGGCUGAGCUUGUGUUGGAUGGUCGUGCCAGUAUUGUUGAUCUCAGCCCGUUUAGUCCCGCCAGGUUUGUCGGUGCCAAGAAAAGAUCGAUGUAGUUUUCUGUUGAUGAAUUUGCUUACCGUAAUAAUGAGAUAGUGUAAAUUUGGAUCUUGAUCAAGGGACUAAAAUUUGUGUAUGCUUGGAGAACUAGCUCCUCGUGGGGUAGAAAUUUGUAAUUUUGCCUGUACUGGAAGGACGAAGAUUUGUGGCAUUAGAAUUUUAUUUAACAUAAUGAUCAAUUUUGAGUC